AAUGCUGCAAAAACAGAACAGCAGAGAUAGUUUACAGGUUCUAGUUUCAAUCUUUUAGUUCAUGGACAUCAAGCUUGACUUUGACGAUCCUAAUAAGAAUAAACACAAAGAUGAAGAAGAGCUCCCUCUUCUGCGAAACACAGAGGUUCCGGAAGCAGAGCGGAACCUUGUACAGAAAGCAAUUAGCCAGACAUUUGAGAGCACAGCACAUUUGGCAAACCUUUUACCAACCGGCACUGUUCUCGCAUUCCAGCUUCUUUCUCCAAUAUUCACAAACCUUGGCAACUGUGACUCUGCCGCGAAGACAAUGACUUCUUUCCUCGUAGCUAUCUGCGCCGCCUCCUGCUUCCUUCUAUGCUUCACAGAUAGCUUCAGAGACAGCAAAGGAAACAUCUGCUAUGGUUUUGCCACGUUCAGGGGCUUGUGGAUCAUUGAUGGAUCAACAACUCUUCCACCUGAACUUGCUGCUAAAUAUAGUAUCCGGUUUAUAGAUUUCAUGCAUGCAGUGAUGUCGGUUAUGGUGUUUGCGGCGGUUGCAUUAUUUGAUCCCAAUGUGGUGAAUUGCUUCUUUCCAACACCAGAUAAUGAGACACAGGAAAUACUCACUGCAUUGCCAGUUGGAAUUGGUGUUUUCUGCAGCAUGUUGUUUGUUGUAUUUCCUACACACAGACAUGGAAUUGGCUUCCCUCUUUCAACAAAUUAAAUAUAUAUAUAACAUAAAGCUUUUUAUAUUCAUGUGUGUAAACAAUGAGUUAAUCAUGUUUGUAACAAAUUAACCAUGAAUUCAGGUUACACGUUAUUGAAAAAUAUAUAUUAAAAAGG